GGAAAGCCAACUCAAUAUAUUAGGACUGGAAGUAACUGAGAAAUUAAGAGAGUAGACCCUAUCAAAGGCAUCAACAUGAGUCAUCAUACUUGGAAUUUUAGUCACCAAAAACAAGAACAACAAGUAGUAGAAAAAGAAGAAGAGGAGAACAGAUAUACUCGUGGCCACGUGCAUAAUCAGCAGAAUCAAGUUGACCCCAUGUCCAGUAAGUGUGAAGUUGCAGAGUUAACAUGGGAAAAUGGGCAAGUAGCCAUGCAUAGACUCGGAAGCAACCUCUCGAAUGAGCAAACAAAACACACAUGGGGAAAGGCUGGUGACACACUAGAGUCAAUUGUGCAUCAAGCCACUUUCCAAAAACAACAUCAUAGUUAUAUAAUGGGAAGUGAUGGACAAAAUCAGGCAAACAUCAACAGGGAAAAAAAUGUAUCUUAUGGUGCUCAACAAACAAGAGGAGUACUAAAGAGGAUGAGAUCAUCAGAUUCUGAUCCCCAGUUAUAUAUUGGUGGAAUAUCAUUAGAACAUUUAAACGCUCGUGCAAGUGCUAAGGACAAUGAUAUCACCAUGAUAACAUGGCCUUGUAAUGAGGAUUCUGCCUGCCAUGGUGGCUCGGAAAACAAAGAGGAAGAACGUGAAACAAAAAGCUCCAACCCAUCAAAACGUAGUCGAAGAGCUGCUGUUCACAACCAAUCAGAGCGGAGACGCCGUGACAGAAUCAAUGAAAAGAUGAAAGCUCUGCAGAAGUUGGUGCCGAAUGCUAGUAAGACAAAUAAAGCAUCCAUGCUGGAGGAAGUGAUAAAGUACUUAAAACAGCUUCAAGCACAAAUUCAGUUGAUAAGCUAUGCUAAAAACAUGGAGCAGCAAAUGAUGAUGAUGUCUCUAGGAAUGCAACCACCACAUAUUCAAAUGCCUUUACUAGCAACAAUGAACAUGUGUAGUAGUACUGCAGGAAUACUUAACAAUAUGACUUCUAAUUUAGCUCCAGCUCCUUAUCAAUCUCUUAUAGGCGGCCGCGCUCCCCUCAUUUAUCCAACCUCUACAAUUCCCACUCUUUUUCCUCCCUUCAUAUCACCACCCUUCGCCAUGGCAUCAUCCAUUCCUAGUAUUCCAUCACAACCUAUCAACGCCGAAUCCAUCAGCCCCAAACUCACCAAAUCUGCAGCUGCCCCUGAUACUUCAUUCCCUUUUAACCACCCCUAUAAUGCAUAUCUACCUCAAUCAAUGAAGAUGGAGUUCAAUAAUGAGAUGGCAGCUCAAUAUCUGCAGCAGGGCAAUCAAGAAAAUGUCAAUAUCCGAGGCCAAAAAGAACGAUCCAUCUGAAUAUAUAUUUCUAUACUCACAUUUUUCUUACUAUAUUUGAUGCAUUUUAUGUAUUUCACAUAUAGUAUGGUAUAUAAAUUACGAUAUCGUCUAAGUUUAAUUUAAUGUGCAAUAAUAUCGAACUGUUUUUUUCUUUCUUUCUA